AUGGGUUUUGAAGGGGUGCUGCUGCGGAGGGAGGGCAUUAGAAACAACGGGGUUCCGCGACAGAGUGGGCGCGGGGUCAUCUACCGCAGGGAGAGGGUGUCCCUCGGGGACCCGCGAGCGCUCCAGAGGCAAGGGGAAGGUGCCGUGGGGAUUUGCGGGGAGACUGGGUGUGUCAGUCCAGGGAUGGAGGACCUGGGGUCAGAGCUCCACAGCUCGGAAAAGGCCAAAGUUGUUGAGCCCCUGGACUAUGAGAAUGUUAUUGCCCAAAGAAAAACCCAGAUUUACAGCGACCCCCUCCGAGAUCUGCUUAUGUUUCCAAUGGAAGAUAUAUCUAUCUCGGUAAUAGGUCGUCAGCGCAGAACGGUGCAGUCUACUGUACCAGAAGAUGCUGAAAAGAGGGCCCAGAGUUUAUUUGUCAAAGAGUGUAUUAAAACCUAUAGCACAGAUUGGCACGUGGUAAACUACAAGUAUGAGGACUUCUCUGGGGACUUUCGAAUGUUGCCAUGUAAAUCUUUGAGACCAGAAAAGAUUCCUAAUCAUGUAUUUGAGAUAGAUGAAGACUGUGAGAAAGAUGAGGACUCAUCUUCUUUAUGUUCUCAGAAGGGUGGUGUGAUAAAACAAGGCUGGUUGCAUAAAGCAAAUGUAAAUAGCACCAUCACAGUAACCAUGAAGGUAUUCAAGAGACGAUAUUUUUACUUGACCCAACUUCCUGAUGGUUCAUAUAUUCUCAAUUCCUAUAAAGAUGAGAAAAAUUCAAAAGAAUCGAAAGGUUGCAUCUACUUGGACGCCUGCAUUGAUGUUGUUCAGUGCCCCAAAAUGCGCCGUCAUGCUUUUGAACUCAAGAUGUUAGAUAAGUAUAGCCAUUAUCUGGCUGCUGAAACUGAGCAGGAAAUGGAGGAAUGGUUGAUAACUUUGAAAAAGAUUAUUCAGAUCAAUACCGACAGUUUAGUUCAAGAGAAAAAGGAGACGGUAGAAACAGCACAAGAUGAUGAAACUAGCAGCCAAGGAAAAGCCGAGAACAUCAUGGCAAGUUUGGAAAGGAGCAUGCAUCCGGAACUGAUGAAGUAUGGAAGAGAAACUGAACAACUAAACAAACUCAGUAGAGGAGAUGGAAGACAGAAUCUCUUUUCUUUUGAUUCAGAAGUUCAGAGGUUGGACUUUUCAGGAAUUGAACCUGAUAUAAAGCCAUUUGAAGAAAAGUGCAACAAACGUUUCCUGGUAAAUUGCCAUGAUUUAACUUUCAAUAUCUUGGGCCAAAUUGGAGACAAUGCAAAAGGACCACCCACAAAUGUUGAGCCCUUUUUUAUCAAUCUUGCCUUAUUUGAUGUAAAGAACAAUUGUAAGAUUUCAGCAGACUUUCAUAUAGACCUGAAUCCCCCAUCUGUCCGUGAAAUGCUGUGGGGCUCUUCAACCCAACUGGCCAGUGACGGUAGCCCAAAGGGCUCUUCACCCGAAUCUUACAUUCACGGAAUUGCCGAAUCUCAGUUACGCUACAUACAGCAGGGAAUUUUCUCAGUGACGAAUCCACAUCCUGAAAUUUUUCUAGUUGCAAGAAUUGAAAAGGUGCUGCAGGGAAACAUUACACACUGUGCAGAACCCUACAUCAAAAAUUCUGAUCCAGUAAAGACGGCACAGAAGGUGCACAGGACAGCUAAACAAGUGUGUAGCCGCCUUGGACAAUACAGAAUGCCCUUCGCUUGGGCUGCCAGACCCAUUUUCAAAGAUACUCAAGGCUCUCUCGAUCUGGAUGGGAGAUUUUCUCCUCUGUAUAAACAAGACAGUAGCAAGCUUUCAAGUGAAGACAUUCUCAAGUUGCUCUCAGAAUAUAAGAAGCCAGAAAAGACCAAACUGCAGAUUAUACCUGGGCAGCUAAACAUCACAGUAGAAUGCGUUCCUGUGGAUUUAUCAAAUUGUAUUACUUCUUCAUAUGUUCCCUUGAAGCCUUUUGAAAAGAAUUGUCAAAAUAUUACUGUGGAGGUUGAAGAGUUCGUUCCAGAAAUGACAAAAUAUUGUUAUCCAUUUACUAUUUACAAAAACCAUCUGUAUGUAUAUCCCUUGCAAUUAAAAUAUGAUAGCCAGAAAACAUUUGCCAAGGCAAGGAACAUUGCAGUCUGUGUGGAAUUCCGGGAUUCAGAUGAAAGUGACGCUAGUGCUCUAAAGUGUAUUUAUGGAAAACCUGCAGGGUCUGUUUUUACCGCAAAUGCUUAUGCUGUUGUCUCGCAUCACAAUCAAAAUCCAGAGUUCUAUGAUGAGAUUAAAAUUGAGCUUCCCAUUCACCUACAUCAAAAACAUCAUUUGCUUUUCACUUUUUAUCAUGUAAGUUGUGAAAUUAACACAAAGGGGACAACCAAAAAGCAGGACACAGUUGAAACUCCAGUUGGGUUUGCCUGGGUACCUUUGCUGAAAGAUGGUAGAAUCAUCACAUUUGAGCAGCAGCUGCCAGUUUCCGCCAAUCUUCCCCCAGGCUACUUGAAUCUGAAUGAUGCGGAAUCAAGAAGGCAAUGUAACGUGGAUAUUAAAUGGGUAGAUGGUGCAAAGCCUUUGCUGAAGAUUAAAAGCCACUUAGAAUCUACCAUUUACACUCAAGAUCUGCAUGUGCACAAAUUCUUCCAUCAUUGCCAGCUGAUUCAGUCAGGCUCGAAAGAAGUUCCAGGGGAGCUCAUUAAAUAUUUAAAGUGUUUGCAUGCCAUGGAGAUCCAAGUCAUGAUACAGUUUCUGCCUGUAAUUCUUAUGCAACUCUUCCGAGUUCUCACAAAUAUGACUCAUGAAGAUGACGUUCCUAUCAACUGCACCAUGGUUCUCUUACAUAUUGUAUCAAAGUGCCACGAAGAAGGCUUGGAUAGUUAUUUAAGAUCAUUCAUAAAGUAUAGCUUCCGACCUGAAAAACCGAGUGCUCCUCAGGCCCAGCUGAUACAUGAAACCCUGGCUACUACGAUGAUAGCUAUAUUGAAACAGUCUGCAGAUUUUUUAUCAAUAAACAAAUUGCUAAAGUACUCAUGGUUUUUCUUUGAAAUAAUUGCAAAGUCGAUGGCCACAUACUUGUUGGAAGAGAAUAAGAUUAAGCUUCCCCGAGGCCAGAGAUUUCCCGAGACAUAUCAUCAUGUCUUACAUUCACUGCUUCUUGCAAUAAUUCCCCAUGUGACUAUUCGGUAUGCGGAGAUUCCCGAAGAGUCCAGAAAUGUGAACUAUAGUUUGGCUAGCUUCCUGAAGCGCUGUUUGACACUAAUGGAUAGAGGAUUUAUUUUCAAUUUAAUAAAUGACUAUAUAUCUGGAUUCAGUCCCAAAGAUCCUAAGGUUCUGGCUGAAUACAAGUUUGAAUUUCUGCAAACAAUUUGCAAUCACGAACAUUACAUUCCUCUGAACUUGCCAAUGGCAUUUGCAAAACCUAAACUGCAGCGGGUUCAAGAUUCAAAUCUUGAAUACAGUUUAUCAGAUGAGUAUUGCAAGCAUCACUUCUUGGUUGGUCUACUUCUGAGGGAAACUUCCAUUGCUCUUCAGGACAAUUAUGAGAUCAGAUAUACAGCUAUCUCUGUCAUAAAGAAUCUUUUGAUAAAACAUGCAUUUGACACAAGAUACCAGCACAAGAACCAACAAGCCAAAAUAGCACAAUUGUACCUUCCCUUUGUUGGACUACUUUUGGAAAAUAUACAGCGAUUAGCAGGUCGAGAUACCUUGUAUUCUUGUGCAGCCAUGCCUAAUUCUACAUCCAGAGAUGAGUUUCCAUGUGGCUUUACUUCACCUGCCAAUAGAGGGAGUCUGAGCACUGACAAAGACACCGCUUAUGGGUCUUUUCAAAAUGGACAUGGAAUUAAGAGAGAAGAUUCAAGAGGUUCCCUCAUCCCAGAAGGAGCAACAGGAUUUCCAGAUCAGGGCAACACUGGUGAAAAUAUUUCUUACAACCUCUCCUCCCUCCUUCACCCGCGUUCCCUGCCUGCAUCAUGUUUCACAGAUUUGGAAAUGGGAGGGAUGGCCUUGUCGCUCGAUAACAGUGCCGUUAAGAAAAUGGCGGACUUGCCGUGGAUUGGAGCUAAUACUCUCUUAACUUACUGGAAUAAAGUAUCUCCUCAAGAGCUCAUAAACAUUCUUAUACUUUUAGAAGUAUGCUUGUUUCACUUUAGAUAUAUGGGGAAAAGAAACAUAGCAAGGGUGCAUGAUGCCUGGCUGUCAAAACACUUCGGAAUAGACCGAAAAUCGCAAACCAUGCCUGCUCUUCGAAACAGAUCAGGAGUAAUGCAGGCCCGGCUUCAGCAUCUUAGUAGCCUAGAAAGUUCAUUUACACUCAAUCACAGUUCUACAACAACUGAAGCAGACAUUUUCCACCAGGCACUUCUUGAAGGCAAUACAGCUACUGAAGUUUCCCUAACAGUACUAGAUACCAUAUCAUUUUUCACUCAGUGCUUCAAGACCCAGCUUUUAAAUAAUGAUGGCCAUAACCCAUUAAUGAAAAAAGUGUUUGAUAUACAUCUUGCUUUUCUUAAAAAUGGACAAUCUGAAGUGUCGCUGAAACAUGUAUUUGCCUCACUAAGAGCUUUCAUCAGUAAGUUUCCUUCAGCAUUUUUCAAAGGAAGAGUAAACAUGUGUGCUGCAUUUUGCUAUGAGGUUUUAAAGUGCUGCACAUCGAAGAUUAGCUCAACCAGGAACGAAGCAUCUGCACUUUUGUAUCUUUUGAUGAGAAACAACUUUGAGUACACCAAAAGGAAAACCUUUUUGAGGACACAUCUACAGAUAAUAAUUGCUGUAAGCCAACUGAUAGCUGAUGUAGCACUAAGCGGAGGAUCAAGAUUUCAGGAGUCUUUAUUCAUUAUCAAUAAUUUUGCAAAUAGUGACAGACCUAUGAAGGCAACUGCCUUUCCCACAGAAGUCAAAGACUUGACGAAGAGAAUCCGCACUGUUCUUAUGGCCACUGCCCAAAUGAAGGAGCAUGAGAAAGAUCCUGAAAUGCUAAUUGAUCUCCAGUAUAGCUUAGCCAAGUCCUAUGCAAGCACCCCAGAGCUCAGGAAAACCUGGCUUGAUAGCAUGGCCAAAAUUCAUGUAAAAAAUGGAGAUUUUUCAGAGGCUGCGAUGUGUUAUGUCCAUGUAGCAGCUCUAGUUGCAGAGUUUCUUCAUCGAAAAAAAUUAUUUCCUAAUGGAUGUUCAGCCUUCAAGAAAAUUACUCCCAAUAUAGAUGAAGAAGGAGCAAUGAAAGAAGAUGCUGGGAUGAUGGAUGUCCAUUAUAGUGAAGAAGUCUUGCUGGAGUUGCUAGAACAAUGUGUGGAUGGCUUAUGGAAGGCAGAACGUUAUGAAAUAAUUUCUGAGAUUUCCAAGUUGAUCAUUCCAAUUUAUGAGAAACGUCGUGAGUUUGAGAAACUUACUCAAGUUUAUAGAACUCUUCAUGGAGCUUACACAAAAAUUCUGGAAGUUAUGCACACAAAAAAGAGACUUUUAGGCACUUUCUUCAGAGUUGCCUUUUAUGGCCAAUCUUUUUUUGAAGAAGAAGAUGGAAAGGAGUACAUCUAUAAAGAACCAAAGCUCACUGGCCUCUCAGAAAUUUCCUUGAGACUUGUUAAACUUUAUGGUGAAAAGUUUGGCACGGAGAACGUCAAAAUAAUUCAGGAUUCAGACAAGGUAAAUGCCAAAGAGCUUGAUCCAAAAUAUGCUCAUAUACAAGUUACUUACGUGAAGCCUUACUUUGAUGACAAAGAACUCACAGAAAGAAAGACCGAGUUUGAAAGAAAUCAUAAUAUCAGCAGAUUUGUUUUUGAGGCCCCUUACACUUUAUCAGGCAAAAAACAAGGCUGUAUAGAAGAACAGUGCAAACGCCGUACAAUCUUGACAACUUCAAACUCGUUUCCCUACGUGAAGAAGAGGAUUCCUAUUAACUGUGAACAGCAGAUUAAUUUAAAACCAAUUGAUGUUGCCACUGAUGAAAUAAAAGACAAAACUGCAGAGCUGCAAAAGCUUUGCUCCUCUGCUGACGUGGACAUGAUUCAGCUCCAACUUAAAUUGCAAGGCUGUGUUUCUGUGCAGGUCAAUGCUGGUCCAUUAGCAUAUGCAAGAGCUUUCUUAAAUGACAGCCAAGCUAGCAAGUAUCCACCUAAGAAAGUGAGUGAGUUGAAAGACAUGUUUAGGAAAUUUAUACAAGCAUGCAGCAUUGCACUUGAACUAAAUGAGCGGCUAAUUAAAGAAGAUCAAGUUGAGUACCAUGAAGGGCUAAAGUCAAAUUUCAGAGACAUGGUAAAAGAAUUAUCUGACAUUAUCCAUGAGCAGAUAUUACAAGAAGACACGAUGCAUUCUCCCUGGAUGAGCAACACAUUACAUGUAUUUUGUGCAAUUAGUGGUACAUCAAGUGACCGAGGUUAUGGUUCCCCAAGAUACGCUGAAGUGUGAGGAAAUGCAGAUGUACGUGACAAUGAGACUGACCUUUCUCAGGAAUAUUUGGAGCUGUGCAAAUGUUAAAAUUUAAAGAUUUGAUAUACAUGGAGUGUUUCUUCUCGACACCAAAAUUUUCAUGUGUUCCAACAGGGUGCUUACGUAUUUGUAAAUAAGCAACUUGAAAGUGCCUGGAAAAUUGCACCACUGUGCUUGGUUUGUACUUUUUUAGGUAAAUCUAUAUGCUGAAAAGUAGAGCUCAAAAACAGUAGUUCAAUUUGCUUAAUUAUUGCUUAAAAUAAUAAUGGUACUAUGUAAAAUUGUAUAAUGGAAUACAAUAAAAGGUAAAACUUAUUUGUAA